AUCGCCUCAGCCGACUAUUCAGGUGGCAGUACCUGUACUCAUACCUGCUCUGCUUCAGCCUGGCCGCAAGGCCUCAUAUAAGGCUAAACACUCCUCCAAAACAAUAGAUAUGGACAGUACCAUACCUGUCACAGAUGGCGCGAUUAAUUUACCACCGCGCAAAAGAGCCACUAGUCGGGCAAAAUCGACUAGACUUUGGAAAAGGGGAAAAGCCCAAUUGAACUCUGAAUCUGAGCUUAGUGAUGUUGAGGAGGAGUUCCAUGAGUCCUAUAUGGAGAA